AUGGGCUACCAAGAUGCUGUCCAGGCCGCCCAGCCGACUAGCCACAAUGAUGCCGCCGACGCAUAUCCCUCGCCGUCGUCGUCGCCCAGCCGCAGGCCCGUGAACCGACACCAGAGCCAACCAUCCAUCACCCUACAGGGGCCCUCAAAUGACGCCGUCCAGGACAAUAGGACAUCCGUGCAGAGCUUAAGCGGCAUUUCAAACACUUUCCGCGAUGUCGAGACCCCUGAGCCCGACAGGUACCGCGACUCCAUUGCUUCCAAUGCCAUCCGAGGAGACGUACCCUACCGGCAAACCCACAUCCGCGUCAUGUCCAACAGCCCUCCUGCUUCCAUGGCCGGCGACGUCCUCACCGAAGACUUCAAGAGACAUACCAUAGCCUCCGACAUGCGCUAUGAGGAUCUGGAGGAGGAGCCCGAGUUUGAGCAGCCGCAAUACUUCCAUCAGCCGUACCAUGUCCAGCCUGCGAAGCUGAAGAAGGCUGAGCGUCGGGACCGCGCAAAGUCAACCUACUCGGAUUCUCAAGGCUCCUCCAGCGGUCAGAGCUCAGGACCUCGUGUCGGUCUAGCUCAGCCUCGCUCAACUUUGACUCGACCCGCAUCAGCCUUCACUCUUAAUAGACAUCCUUCCCCGGGAUCUGGCGACCUGCUUGGACCUUCGCCUACCGCAUCUCCCUCCCCGUACGCGCGUUCGGUGUCAGCCAAUCGACGGUCUCCGGACAACAGGCCUCAUUCGUACGUCGACCUGCUCAACAAUGUCCCUUACGCGCAGCAGAUUGCGCCAACGCAGGACCUGUCCCAGAGUGCUCUGCGCGGUCUGGUCGGGAACGAUGUGUCGCUUCUGGACACCCAAAAGACCGUGGAAAUGUACAUGGCCAACGUCAAGAAGACCCCGGAUUCCUCGGUUCAGUAUGAGUUUGCCGUCUACCUCGUUCAAGCCGCCAAGGAAUACAUCCAUUCCGAUGAUCCGGCGAAGAAGUCGUACGCCGAGACGGUGAUGGUCAAGGAAUCUCGACAAAUUUUGCAGCGACUGUCGGAUCGUAGCUAUCCGUUUGCCCAAUAUCUCCUUGCGGACGGCUACUAUUCUGGGUUCUUCAACAAGGGCAAGCCGGACCAGGAGAAGGCGUUCCCCCUCUUUGUCGCAGCGAGUAAACAUGGACAUGCCGAAUCCGGAUACCGCGCAGCUCUCAUGUACGAGCAUGGCUGGGGCUGCCGCAAGGAUUUGGCCAAAGCUGCACAGUUCUACCGUGCUUCGGCCUCCAAGGGGCAUCCGGGUGCUGCAUCUCGCCUUGGUCAGGCCUGUAUCUUCGGAGAAUUGGGACUUGGCCGACGAGACCGUGAGGGCCUGAAGUGGCUAAAGCGUGCCUCGGAAUCGGCAGAUUCGCAGUACAACACCGGGCCUCUUCUCCUUGCAAAGCUCCACGAGCAUGGCCAUGGCGAAGAUUGUUUCAAAGAUGAGGCUUAUGCCGCACAACUGUACACCCAAGCUGCCGAGCUGGGUAACGCCGAGGCCUGCCUGAAAAUGGGCGAGUGUUAUGAGCAUGGCCUGCUCAACUGUCCCAAGGAUCCUGCUCUCAGCGUCCACUUCUACACUGGUGCUGCUAUACAGGACAUUCCAGAUGCCAUGAUGAACCUGUGCGCUUGGUAUCUGGUUGGUGCACCGCCAGUCCUGGAGAAAGAUGAAAAUGAAUCGUACGAAUGGGCUAAACGCGCAGCAGAAACAGGACUUCCCAAGGCCGAGUAUGCUGUAGGCUACUUCACCGAGAUGGGCAUCGGCUGCAGACGUGAUCCGCUCGAGGCGAACGUCUGGUACGUUCGCGCGGCCGAGAAGGGCGAGCCACGUGCGAAACAGCGCCUCGCCAUCAUCCGAGCGGCUGCUUCGGGAGGAACAGGCGCCGUUCAAUCCGAAGGAAAGAAAAAGGGCAAAGAUGACAAAGACUGUGUGGUCAUGUAG